CCCGCCCGGAUAGACCCGGAAAUUCGUUCGGUUCUUUUUUUUUUCUGGAUCGGCCGUCCCAUUCCCCAAAAACUGCGGCGGCCCUGCUAUCUCCGACGAAAACCCUAACCACGCACCGCACACUACUCCGUCCCCUGAGCUGCAACUCUGACCGCGGCGGCGGCCGAUUCGCUGCCCGCCAUGGCCUCGACGGCGGCGCCGGUCGCCGGACGCCGAACUCAGUCGGUGCUCACGGACCUCCGCGACGAGCUCCUGGAGGAGAUUUUCCUCCGCCUGCCCACCCCGGCGGAGCUCGCGCGCGCCUGCACCGCGCGCGCCUCCUUCCGCCGCAUCAUCACCGAGCGCUCCUUCCUCCGCAGCUACCGCAAACGCCACCCGCCGCCGCUCCUGGGGUUCGUGGAUGACGAAGUUGGCUGUGGCUUCCACCCCGCCCAGGCGCCCCACCCCUCCGCCCCGCUCGCCCGUGCCCUCGCCGACGCAGCCGAUUUCACCUACUCCUUCGUCCCCAAACACGGCGAGGGGCACGUGUGGGUCCCGUGCGACGCCCGUGAUGGCCGUGUCCUUCUCGAAGACGGACAAAUUUGGGAGGCCUUCAGACACCUUGCCGUCUGCGAUCCAUUGUUUCGCCGCUACGCGCAGCUCCCACCCGUUCCGUGGAACCUGGCACUCCAGGAGAAAGGCACUGUACGAACCAAGUACUUACUCAUGCCCGUUGCCGAGGGUGAGGAUGAGACAUUGUUCAAGGUGAUAUGCUUGGCUAACUAUAAUACCAAGCUGGUUGCAUUUCUAUUCUCUUCCGUCACAGGAGAAUGGUGCAUAGCCGCAACUAUCAGCUGGAGCUCUUUGGGUAGCCAGAUGUGGCAACACUUCAGAGGUUGCGAAUACCGUGGCGCGUCCUGUUUUGACUGCGCGCGCGGCUCCUACUACUCGGCAUCGACUUUUAACGACAAGCUGCUUGUGUUGGACACAAGGAAAAUGGAGUUUUGCACUGUCGAUGAUCGUACUGGCUACCAUAUAAACCUCAGAUGUCUGCCUGGCCAGCACGAAGACGUUCUGGACAUCUAUGUGCCAUCCCGAUGCCGGCCUGGCCAGAGUAGAAGUCUGCCUCGCAUUGUUGUGGGUAGAGAAGGAGCCCUUGAGAUGUUUUCUCUUGUUGGUGAUCACACUCCAAAUGGCUCUUUUCAUCUCUAUCAUACCAGUCAGCAAAAUAAUGGCCAGUCUUCCAAGGAAUGGCAGCUGGAGAAUAUUAUACCGUUGCCCGGCAAGUAUGACUAUUUCACUGUGGGUGCAGCUGAGGGAUUCUUAUUCCUUGGAGCCACUACAGAAGAUCAGCUGGACAUUGUUGAAGGCGACCCUAUGAGCUUGUUGACGACUGAGUGGAAUGUAGAUUAUUUUGCAUUGGAUGUCAAGACUUCUGAACUUACUAAGGUUUGUAGGAGGAGGAGGCAAUUCUUCCAUAAAGAAGAUGUUCACUGCUACUUUGGCUUCCCCCGGUCGUUGUCAAAACCGAGUAUAUGAUGAAGUGGGAUCAACUCGCUUUGCUUUUGGGGUUCUUGUACUUGGGCCAUGUAUCUGAUGCCUUUGAUGAAAUGGAGGAUGGGCAUGAUGGUGCUGAGAAAUAUGCUCACUGGAUAUAGCACUCAAGCCUUGGUAUUAUUCAUUAAGAAUUAGCCAUCAUGUAUUUUCUAUGGUUGUAUUAGACUUUUUUAAGCAAAGACAUGUUGUAAACAAGCUGAAUUUGUUGAACUCUAUCUGUAAUGAGUGUUGUACUGUACUUUUGUACUGGAAGCAUGACAUUGUCUGUUUAUCCUUGUUCAGUGCUCUGCUCAGCAUGCUCAUGCAUCAUCUUGCUUUUAAGCAUCUGAUGAUUUGUUACAGGUUAUUGUUGCCCAUGCUGUUUUCAGUGUCCGAGUUAGUGUUUUGUUGGGUGCCUUUUUAGAGUCAGGAAAGCAACAUUGAUCUUGUCAUGUUCAAGUCACAUUUUGACUUUUGAGGCUUCUGGAAAAAAGAAAAAACAUGCUUCAUGCUUCAUCCUAUAACAUUCAGUUAUCCUCAUCUUGUAAGCGAGACACCCUACUUUUCCUUGUUGAUCUCACACAUAUGCUCAUUGUGUUUGUGUUUUCGCCGUACAUGCUUUUUAAUGGUUGCUAUCAUGUUUAUUUACUGCAAAUACUCCACCUCUUUUCCAGCUGGGCAUGUUUUUUGAUCGAGAACAAUUUUCUGCAAGUCUGGGCAGCACUAAAACUUCUCCCCAAUCAUGCUUGUCUGAUUUUGUUUGCAAGGGAUAACUUGCAGAGCAUGUCUGAAGAAACGCAAGAAAAGGAGUGACCCAUUGACACAAGUUGCCAACCACCGAAUGAGUCAACAGUGUUGCACCUUGAAUCAAGAUCCAUCCAUGGAGCCAAUGCAAGGAAGAGUGCAGAUGUGGAUGCUCCUAUGGCUCGCCUUCUGCUUGCUCGAGCAUUCGCAUUCGCUGGUGUUUCCGUUCCCCAUGCCGUUCUUCGCCCCUUCCUACACCAACCAGCAAGACGUUGAUGCUGUGAACGAGCUGUACGCGUCACUGGGCUCGCCGGACCUUCGUGGUUGGGCUGCUUCGGGAGGAGACCCUUGCGAGGAGGCAUGGCAAGGGGUGCAGUGCCUCGGCCCCAACAUAACCGAAAUAGUACUCAAAGGCGUGGGUCUAGAAGGGAAGCUGAGCGAGGCACUCGGAGAGCUCACUGCUAUUACAAGAUUGUUUGUGAAUUUACAUCAUAUUUCAGUUCUACUUUCUGUCUACUACCACUUCAGUUUAUUUAUUGACAUUGUUUUUGGUUUAUGUUCAUGCAGGGACCUGUCAUCAAACAACCUCGCCGGUGAGCUGCCGCAGUCAAUGGCAAUGCUCAAAUCCCUUUCGGCACUGCAUGUGCACAACAACAGGCUAACCGGGACACUCGAUGUGCUGCGUGAUCUUCCACUGAAAGACCUGAACGUGGAGAACAAUCAAUUUGCAGGAUCCAUCCCAAAGAAGAUGCUCAGCAUCCCAAAAUUUCUAAGAAACGGCAACCAUUUCACCCUUCCGAUCCCCGGUUCCUCUCCGACUCCGGCAAUGUCGUCUCCUUCUCCAGCUGCGCAUCCUCACAUUACUGUAAUUCCCGCAGUUACUCCACAGGACACUACACAUGGCGGUGGUCUUCAGAGGCACGCCAACAAGGUUUCUCCGGCAAAGGCUGCCGGAUUCAGCAUUCUUGCUGCCAGUUUAUUAACCAUUGCUGUCGUUAUGACCAUGUUCGCAACCUCGAGACGGCGGCAGGAGAUGUCCACUUGGGAAGGGCACCUGAGGGCAAUUGUGAGGUGCGUGGCAAUCUGGACAAGGAAGCCUCCUAAGCUAGGUGCACCUGCCUACCCUGACAAACAACACGGUACAGUUGCUGCAAAUGACAUUGUGGGGAGCACUCUGGGAGAUUGCACAAAGGUGGCGGGUUUAUCGGCACAGACACCUCUCAAGAACUACAGCAUGUCAAGCAUUGUUUCAGAUAAGAAUGUUCAGUGCGGGUCAGAAGAAGGCAAACCCUUGACGGUUUCCUUCAAGUUCUUCACUGUUGCAUCUCUGCAACAGUGCACCAACAGCUUCAGCGAUGAGAAUUUUCUGCGAGAAACUCGGUUCGGCAAAAUCUAUCUAGCAGAGCGCCCAGAAUGCAAGUAUGCGGUGCUGAAGCUUCGCGACACGGCUACGAAAAUGGCGGCUGACGAGUUUUUGGAGAAUGUUCGGACCGUCGCCGAGCUUCGACACCCCAACAUAGAAGAGCUUGUGGGUUGCUGCAUGGAGCACGGACAGAGGCUGCUCGUGUACAAACAUUUUAGCGAACACACAUUGGACGACAUGAUCCACCGCGGCAGCAGCCACGCUGCUGAUCCCGGCAACAAGUUCCUGUGGGAAGCUCGGAUCGCCGUGGCCCUCGAGGCCGCCAAGGCUCUCGAGUACCUCCAUGACGGCGGCGGCGGCCAGGAGGGACAUGUGGCCGUUGUCCACGGACAUUUCAGGCCGGAGCAUGUCCUUGUCGAUGGCGAGGCGCGGGUGCGCGUGUCCGGGUGCGGCCUCGCCCCGUUCGUGCCACCGUCAGCGUCAGGAGCUACUACGGACUGGCAUGACGACACACUGAGCUACGUCAGCCCGCCGGAAGAAGCGGCAACGACGGAGGCGGCCACAGGCCGCGACGUGUACUGCUUCGGUGUGGUGAUGCUGCAGCUCCUGACGGGGCGCAGGCCCUACGACAAUGUGCGGCCGCGAGGGGAGAGGCUGCUGGUGCCAUGGGCUGGCGCGCGGCUGCAUGACCUGAGCGCUCUGCGCAGGAUGGCCGACCCACGCCUCCGGGGCACGCCGGUGCCGGUCAGGUCCCUGUCACGGUUCGCGGACAUCAUCAGCAGAUGCGUGCAGCAGGAGGCCGAGUUCCGGCCCGCGAUGGCGGAGGUGGUGCAGGACCUGAUGGGCGCCACGGAAGAGGCGCGCAUGGCCGACUACUGCGGAGAGCUAUCGCCAGUGCCGGCAGAGUACCAACUUGUGUGAACUGCUCGCUCUGAUUGACAUACAAAACUGCCAAACAUGUCCUCACCAUUAGCAUAGAAUGCAUCUUCUAUGGUACUCACUAAGCCAUUUACUGUGCUGCAUUGCCUUUGAUCUCAGGCUGGACGCACUGUUUCAAGCAAAUUAUUUUUCCAGCAAAGGGGAAUUCUUGGGUUUGAUUUGGUUGGGGUGUGCCGGGUCUGGGCUGUAGUGCAACGCCCGGACGACACUUGAAGGCCCUAAUAGCAAACUAUUGUGGUGGACCCUUCCCUGUAAAAAAUAAAUUUAAUAUCGUUGUGGGCAUUUGGCCCACAUAUCAGAUAUUAAACUGAUAAGAAUAGAUACUACACUUGAUCUUAGCCAAAAGAUCGAGAAAGGUAUGAUUUAAAACUUUGCCC